AUGGCGUCAUCGAUUUCGGUAGCUGGUCCAAGUGAACAAACUGCUUUAAGACGUCAACAAACAAGAUUACAAAAUAAUCAAUCGACUAAUAUUGUUGUUCGAUCAAAUGUUGAUAUUGCAAAUCAAUCUCAUAAUUUAAAUAAUGCUUUAUUACGUGUCGAUCAAUACGCAGUUGGUACCAGAGUUGUUAGGGGACCAGAUUGGAAAUGGCAAAAGCAAGACGGUGGUGAAGGUCAUGUUGGAACAGUUCAAUCAUUUGACAAUAAUGAUGUAUUAAUCGUAUGGGAUUAUGGACUAUCAGCGAGUUAUAGAUGUAAAACACAUUACGAUUUGAGAAUAUUAGAUAAUAGUGCAGCAGGUAUUCAUCAUGAUAACACGGUUUGUUCGGGAUGUGGACAAUCACCAAUAUAUGGUAUUCGCUGGCGAUGUGGUGAUUGCCCAAAUGUUGACUUAUGUUCAACGUGUUAUCACGGUGAUAGACAUAAUAUUCGGCAUCGCUUUUGUCGCAUAAUUACAACGAACGGCGAAACGAUUUUGAUGGAUCCAAGACGAAAGUCAAAGAAAUUAGCGUACAAAGGGCUUUAUCCAGGUGCUCGUGUUGCACGUGGUAAAAAUUGGCAAUAUGAAGACCAAGAUGGGGAUGAUUCAAAACGAGGCAAAAUAACUGAUUUACAAGAUUGGUCUAAAACACAUCCAAGAAGUGGUGUCUAUGUUAUAUGGGAUAAUAAUCGUGAAAAUUUAUAUCGUGUUGGUUUUGAAGGCAUGGUCGAUCUUCGAGCUGUUGUUCCUGGAAAAGGAGGCUAUUAUUAUUCCGAACAUUUACCAUUGUUAGGUGAACCCCAACAAAUUUCAAAAGCACAUCAGUUAGCUUCUGGAACCAGUGGAUUUCAAAUUGGAAAUUAUGUUAAUGUUGAUUUAGAAUUAGACGUUGUACAAUUGUUGCAACAUGGUCAUGGUGGUUGGAGUGAUGGUAUGUUUGAAUGUUUAGGUACGACCGGAUGUGUUCAGAGUAUUGAUGACGAUCAUGAUAUUGUUGUUUCGUAUCCGAGUGGUAACCGUUGGACAUUGAAUUCUGCUAUAUUGACAAAAGUCGAAUUAUCCCAAGAACAACACCAAAUUAUGUUACAACAACAACAACAGCGAGAUUCAAGUUCUAUACAACCAACACAAAUAUCAUCGUCAACUACAGAUCCACUGUCACCGCUACCGUCGACCACAAUUGAUUCUCAAAAAUUAAAAAUUAACGACAUGAUACAAAUAUGUAGUGAUUUAGAAAGAAUUAAAAUGUAUCAACGGGGACAUGGUGAUUUUGCCGAGGCAAUGAUGCCGGCACUUGGAAAAGUAGGUCGUAUUGUUCACCAAUAUGCUGAUGGCGAUAUUAAAGUUCAAGUUGCUGGAGGUUGUUGGAUAUUUAAUCCAUUAGCUGUUACAAAAGUUCAUCAAACAAGAUCAACAGACGACGGCAAUGAAGAAAGACUUGGUGUAAUGUUAAAAAAAUUAUUUGAUGCACAAAUGACAGGCGAUGUACACGAGGUACUUGUUAAAGCUUCAGCAAAUGGUGAUUCAAGAAAAGUCGAAGAAUUACUACAACGACAACAUGUUGAUGUCAAUGGAAUAUUUGCGGGUCAUACAAGUUUACAAGCAUCAUGUCAAAACGGACAUAUUGAUGUUGUUCGCAUUCUUAUGUUACAUCAUGCUAAUUUAGAAAUCGAAGAUAAAGACGGUGAUCGAGCUGUACAUCAUGCAUCGUUUGGCGAUGAACCAGUUGUACUUGAAAUGUUGGCAAAAGCUGGCUGUGAUUUAAAUGCUCGAAAUAAACGUCGUCAAACAGCUUUACACAUCGGUGUUUGUAAAGGUCAUUUGGAUGUCGUUAAAAUUCUAUUGACUCAUGGAGCUCAUGCUGGUAUACAAGAUACUGACGGUGAUACACCAUUACACGAUGCCAUAUCAAAGCGACGAGAUGAUAUUGUCGGUCUGUUACUUGAACAUAAUGCUGAUGUAGCAACAUGUAACAACAACGGUUUCAACUGUAUUCAUCAUGCAGCGUUAAGAGGAAAUUCAUCAGCGAUUGAAGCAAUAUUGGAUAAAAUUCAAACUCGUCAAUGGUUAGUCGACGAAAAGAAAGACGAUGGUUUUACUGCAUUACAUUUGUCAUCAUUAAAUGAUCAUUGUUCGGUGGUUGAUCUACUAUUAACUAAAGGAAAUGCUUCGAUCAAUGCUCAAAACAUUAGUUUACAAACACCAUUACAUCUCAGUGUUGGAAGACAGCAUGUACAAGUCGUACAGUUAUUAUGUUGCAAAGGUGCAAAUGUAAAUAUUGCCGACAAAGAUGGUGAUACACCAUUACACGAAGCUUUACGUCAUCAUACAUUAUCUCAGCUAAAACAAUUACAAGAAGUGGGCGAUGUGGGAAAGAUGAUGGGCGUAUUUAUCAAUGGUGCAUUAGAUAAACGAACAUCUUCAGUUAUCGCUUGUAUGCUUGUAACACAUGGUGCCGAUUUAUUAUUGAGAAAUAAAAAGAAUCAGACACCAUUAGAUUUAUGUCCCGAUCCACAUCUAUGUCGAACAUUAGAAAAAUGUUAUCGAGAAUUCAAAGAGAAAAAUAUUGAACAAGGAUCGAAUUUGACUACACAUCAUGAAAAUAUACAUGAUGAAUGUAUGGUUUGUUCGGAUAAUAAACGUGAUACGAUAUUCGAACCAUGUUUACAUGUGGCAACAUGUUAUGUAUGCUCGGGAAGAGUUAAAAAAUGCCUUAUAUGCAAGGAGAAUGUACAAUCGAGAACAAAAAUUGAACAAUGUAAAAUUUGUUCACAAAGGAAAGCUUCAGUGUUAUAUAAACCAUGUGGCCAUAUAAUUGCUUGUGAAGAUCAUCCAUUAUCAUUGACUGCUGUUAGCACAAUAAAUCAAAACAUCGCUGCCAGUGAUGCAAUUGCCUUACAGAAAUUACAGCAACAGCUACAAGAAAUACGCGAUCAGACGGUUUGUCCAAUUUGUAUGGAUCGUUUGAAAAAUAUGGUAUUUUUAUGUGGUCAUGGUGUGUGUCAACGUUGCGGUGAUCGUGUAUCAGAAUGUCCAAUCUGUCGUAAACAAAUUGAAAAAAGUAUUAUUUUAUAUACGUAA